AUGGUGGGGUUGAUGCUGCUCUUCAUCGAAGUCGAGGCAAAAGAUAUGGUUGACCAAGUAUCAUGGCCUCCCAAGUCGCCGAGGGAGGCUCUGCUCGCUUCCCCCAACGGCCGUAAGCGAUUUCUCGAAUUACGACGAGAGAGAGAAGCCAACGAGCAACUAUCCCCUCUCAAGCCAUCGCGCACCACGCCCAGCUUCCUUUCUCGGUUGCAAGCUCAGGGUAGCAAUGCUGGUGAUGGUAUUGACGGCGGAGAUGACGAGGACGAGGAAACGCUACGACUACAGCUUGCGGCCAUUGAAGCCAAACUAAAACUCAAGAAGCUACAGCAAGAGAAAUUAGCCAGGCUGAACGUGACAAGUCCCAACACAGAAGAUGAGGUUCGCCAAGGGAGCAUCAUCUCUUCAUCGUCAUCUUGUCAAGCUGCGGGUCGCAUGCGUGCAGCGAGAGACAGGUUCGCUGCGCCGGAGAAAGCAAAUGACAUUAUUCAAGUACCUUUAUCUCCUUCCAAAAGGCAGGUGGUACAUGAACCGGCGUCUCCUCGCCGAGCGCUGAUAAAUUUCAAGAAAGCAAACGAGGUGUCAUUGAAAAGACCGUCCAGUUCAAGACCAGCAACCGAACAACCCAGAGUCUCUGCCACGCGUCCCGGGAGCUCGUCUCGUCUUCACGAGAAGCUAUCUAGCCCGCAAGAUAUCUGGUCAGCUGCUGCUGAGGAUUUCAAAAAGCCAAAAUCUUUUAGCGAAAGAAUCGCAGAAAGCAGAAAUGCUGACAGGGAAAAACAACAACGGGUCGAGAAGAUACAGCGCAAUCGCAACUCGGCAUUCAAUGUUGAUAAGAGCGAAGUAGAACGGUACAAAGAGCAAGCUUUGCAACAAAAACCAACUAUUUCUACGCCACAACGACCACCGGAAAUCUUCAGUCGUGAUGAGGUCCUCAAAUCUUAUGGUAAUGCUCAAGUGAGAAGCAAAAAGUCCAUAACCGCUCCAAACGUUCUAGGAUCGGCAUCACAACGCUCUCAUUCCGCACUGAUUGAACCUGAACAAAAUGGUAAAAGGGCAUCCCAAGAGUCGGAUGGUUCAAAGUUUGAAUCUUUCUCAUCCCUCAAUCUGUCAAACCGCAUUCUUCCUCAUUCGUUUUUAAGUCGUACCCUUGAAAAUAAGUAUAUUCUCCGGAUACCACAGCUCUUGAAAUCAGUGAAGGCGCCUGAUUUUGAGCUUCCUGAAAGCAUAGAUGGAGAUUAUGUCGUAUUUGGCAUUGUCGCUUCCAAAUCAGAUCCCAAGCAACACAAGGAACCCAAAAACUCAACGAAGGAAGUCAAUCUCGACGACGACGGACGCAACAACAGCGAACAAUACAUGGUCAUUACUCUCACUGAUCUCAAUUGGGCCAUUGAUCUUUUCCUUUUCGACACUGCAUUUCCACGGUACUACAGGCUUUCUGAGGGCACUCUGAUAGCCAUCCUUAAUCCCACAAUCUUACCCCCUCCUCCGGGCAAGAUUGACACCAACCGAUUCAGUCUCUGUCUUUCGUCAUCGGACGACACUGUCUUAGAGAUCGGCUCCGCUCAGGAUAUUGGAUACUGCAAAGCUGAACGAAAAGACGGCAAAGUCUGCCGCUCAUGGGUAGAUGCACGGAAAAGCGAGUUUUGUGACUUUCAUGUUGAUGUACAAAUCAGACGAACCCAAUCACAGAGGUCUGGGGUGAAUGCUGGAACGGGGCUCUUUGCCCCUGGCGGCCGCAACGCACCACGUAUAGCGAAUUUUGGUCCUCCUUCUGGAGGUAAACGCGGCGGUCAACGAGGGCUCAAGAGUGAAGGUAGUAAAUACGAUUACGCAACUCAAUCCACAUACUUUGUUGCACCUGCACGCAAACCCAUUUCCUCACAUCACAGUACAUCAAUAUAUCCGCGCGGUGGUAUGGCGGGCAGGGGUAGCUCGGCAGCGGCUCUCAUUGACGGCAUCGAUGACAAUCCUUUUGCAGACUAUACCCGCGGAAAUGCGAAUAAAGAAGAACGCACCCGACGUCGACUGGUAGAAGAUCAACGUGAGCGCGAAAUUGCACGAAAACUAGGCUCCAAGGGCGGCAGUACGGGAUCAGAAUAUCUUCGUGUCAGGCUGGAACAAGCAGGGCCUUCAUCAGCAACGAGAUAUUCAGCAUCAAAAUCUCCUUCUACACUAGCAGCGCCAGGUACCCCGUCACAAACCACUAAUUUCAUAUCUCGCAAGGCCGAUACGGUCAGUCUGAGUCCUGUGAAGAAACGCGCGCGAGCACAGGAAGACGAUAAAUCCUCCAAGAACGGGGUGAAUACAUCGGCCAAAAAGACGCGAUUUAUCACUUCAAAGGGUAUCCGCGAAGCAGGGAGGGAUAGUUUGGGAGCUUCUACUGGACGUGACAUCGGUAAUAAUAGGGCGUACAUGGUUAUGAAUAAUGAAGAUGACGACGACGAUGAAUUGGACAUUAUCUGA